AUGGCGCGGCCGGACCGGGGAGCGCUCGGGCCCCCGCGCUGCUCAGUUUUCCUUCUUCUCCUGUCACUGCUGCUGCUUCGACUGGAGCCGGCGACAGCCGCGGAUGGCCCACGGGCGCCUUGUGCCGCCGCCUGCACUUGCGCUGGGGACUCGGUGGACUGCGGCGGGCGCGGGCUGACGACGCUGCCCAGAGACCUGCCUGCCUGGACUCGGAGCCUAAACCUGAGUUACAACAAGCUUUCUGAAGUUGACCCUGCUGAUUUUGAGGACUUGUCGAAUCUACAGGAAGUGUUCCUGAAUAAUAACGAGUUGACAGCCAUACCAUCCCUGGGUGCUGCUUCAUCUCACAUUGUCUCUCUCUUUCUGCAACACAAUAAGAUUCGCAGUGUGGAGGGGAGUCAGCUGAAGGCUUACCUUUCCUUAGAAGUGUUGGAUCUGAGUUCGAACAACAUCACGGAAAUCCGGAGCGCCUGCUUUCCCCAUGGACUGCAUAUAAGGGAGCUCAACCUGGCGAGCAACCGAAUCGGCACCCUGGAGUCGGGAGCAUUUGAUGGUCUGUCACGGUCGCUGCUAAUGCUCCGGCUGAGCAAAAACAGGAUCACCCAGCUUCCUGUGAAAGCAUUCAAAUUACCCAGGCUGACACAACUGGACCUCAAUCGGAAUCGGAUCCGGCUCAUUGAGGGCCUCACAUUCCAGGGACUCGACAGUCUGGAGGUGCUGAAGCUUCAGCGAAACAACAUCAGCAAGCUGACGGAUGGGGCCUUCUGGGGGCUGUCCAAGAUGCAUGUGCUGCACCUGGAGUACAACAGCCUGAUGGAAGUGAACAGUGGCUCGCUCUACGGCCUCACAGCCCUUCACCAGCUCCACCUCAGCAACAACUCAAUUUCUAGCAUUAACCGUGAUGGCUGGAGCUUCUGCCAGAAAUUGCAUGAGCUGAUUCUGUCCUUCAACAACCUUACCCGGCUGGAUGAGGAGAGCCUGGCUGACUUGAGUAGCCUGAACAUCCUGCGCCUCAGCCACAAUUCCAUCAGCCACAUCGCGGAAGGCGCCUUCAAGGGACUCAAAAGCCUGCGAGUCUUGGAUCUGGACCAUAACGAGGUUUCGGGUACAAUUGAGGACACCAGUGGAGCUUUUAUGGGCCUUGACAGCCUCAGCAAGCUGACUCUGUUUGGAAACAAGAUCAAGUCUGUGGCUAAGAGAGCAUUCUCGGGGCUGGAAGGCCUGGAGCACCUGAACCUUGGUGACAAUGCAAUCCGGUCUGUCCAGUUUGAUGCCUUUGUGAAGAUGAAGAAUCUUAAAGAGCUCCAUAUGAGCAGUGACAGCUUCCUGUGUGACUGCCAGCUGAAAUGGCUGCCUCCGUGGUUGACGGGGAGGAUGCUGCAAGCCUUUGUGACAGCCACCUGUGCCCACCCCCAGUCACUGAAGGGCCAGAGCAUUUUCUCUGUACCACCAGAGAGUUUCGUGUGUGAUGACUUUCCAAAGCCCCAGAUUAUCACCCAGCCAGAGACAACCAUGGCUGUGUUGGGCAAAGAUAUCCGGUUCACGUGCUCAGCAGCCAGCAGCAGCAGCUCCCCUAUGACCUUCGCCUGGAAGAAGGACAAUGAAGUCUUGGCCAAUGCUGACAUGGAGAAUUUCGCCCACGUCCGUGCACAAGACGGGGAGGUGAUGGAGUACACCACCAUUCUGCACCUCCGUCAUGUCACUUUUGGGCACGAGGGCCGCUACCAAUGCAUCAUCACCAACCACUUCGGCUCCACGUACUCACACAAAGCCAGGCUCACCGUGAAUGUGUUGCCAUCAUUCACCAAAAUGCCCCAUGACAUUGCAAUCCGGACUGGCACCAUGGCCCGCCUCGAAUGUGCUGCUCGGGGCCACCCCAACCCCCAGAUUGCCUGGCAGAAAGACGGAGGCACAGAUUUCCCUGCUGCUCGAGAGCGACGCAUGCACGUCAUGCCAGAUGAUGAUGUGUUUUUCAUCACUGAUGUGAAAAUAGAUGACAUGGGGGUUUACAGCUGUACUGCCCAGAACUCGGCUGGCUCCAUUUCAGCUAAUGCCACCCUAACUGUCUUAGAAACGCCAUCCUUGGUGGCGCCCUUGGAAGAUCGUGUGGUGUUUGUAGGAGAAACAGUGGCACUGCAGUGCAAAGCCACUGGAAGCCCACCACCCCGCAUCACCUGGCUCAAAGGGGACCGGCCUCUGGGCCUCACUGAACGGUACCACUUCACCCCUGGCAACCAACUGCUUGUUGUUCAGAAUGUGGUGGCAGAGGAUGCAGGCAGAUAUACCUGUGAGAUGUCCAACACCCUAGGCACAGAGCGUGCUCACAGCCAGCUAAGCAUUUUGACCACCCCUGGCUGUAGGAAGGAUGGGACCAGCAUGGGUAUCUUCACCAUUGCCGUUGUGUGCAGCAUUGUCCUGACAUCUCUGGUCUGGGUGUGCAUCAUCUAUCAAACCAGGAAGAAGAGUGAGGAGUACAGUGUCACAAACACAGAUGAAACCAUCGUGCCACCUGAUGUUCCAAGCUACCUCUCUUCUCAGGGGACCCUUUCUGAACGGCAGGAAACUGUGGUCAGGACUGAGGGUGGCCAUCAGGCCAAUGGGCACAUUGAGAGCAAUGGUGUUUGUCUAAGAGAUGCAAGCCUCUUUCCAGAGGUUGAUUCUCAUGGUGUUGCAUCCAGACAGGCAAAGCUCUGUGUGGGAUUUAAUAAAGAGCCCUGGAGAGUGACUGAGAAAGCUGAUAGGAUUCCUGAUCCACAUAAAACAGAGCUCAGUGGCCCACUUGUUUGCAGUGACUGCAGCACUGAUGGGGAGAGUUACUCCACGGAUCAAGCCUUGCAGCCUGUGUCCAGAGACAGCGCAAGGCCAAGCACCCCAAGCAGCCAGGAGCCCACCUGGUGUGACCGAGAACAUUCUCCACGCAGUGGGACUGUUGAUGGCAGAGAUUCUCUCUACCCUAGUAACCACGACAGAAUGCUGACAUCCUUGAAGAAAAAGCCAGUGGCCCCUCUGGAUGGAAAUGGAGGUUCUUCUUGGACUUCAGCAAGGUUGUGUGAACCAGGCUCCCUGGACCUCCAGCCUUCAUCUACAUUAAUGUCAGGCAGUCCGGCGCUCACAGAAACUGCCUCAGGCUUUCCUGCCAUCCCCAGUGAAGCCCAGCACUUGCUUCUUUCCAAUGGCCACCUUCCGGAGGCACCUGACUCCAUUCCUGAGUCCACACCACUGACAGGACAGCUUACUGGGAAACGGAGUGUGCCACUGCUGUUUGCACCGAAUGUCUAG